UGCAGUAUCCUUUUUGUUCCCCUCGACUCCGGACACCUACAUUCAGUAUCUUCCUUCACAUUAGACUCCACGCAGGUUAGAUCCGUACUAGACCGCUAAACAGCGCAAGCUACAACUAUGCCUGCGCCACUGGCCAAAGGGUCUGGUCGCACCCACUCUCCAUCCCCUCACUCCCGACCUAUUCCCCGGCCUGCUCACCCCUUCCAAACAGGCCUCAUCAUUGUCGCCUCAGUCGUCGUCGCCGCCGGUAUCGCCAUAUAUGAGUCCCCGCAAGUCCGCGCCUGGCUCGACCAAUCCCGUCGUAAGAUCGCUGUUGCCCUACAUUCGCUUGGAGACGAGAUACAGCCUCGUCGGCCGUCGGAAGCCUCAGAUGAUUAUGAGGCGAGAAAGAGGAAGAGGGAUGAGCUGAUGAGGCGGAAUAAGAACGAGCUUAUUAGGAGGGCGAGAGAGGAGGGCAUUGCGGUGGACCUGGAUGAGUUGGCCAGGAUCGGGAGGGAGGAGGUGGAGGUGGCGGAGAUGAGGCAGUUGCACAGGCAAAGGCCGAGGAGUAAUCGGAGCUUUGACGACUUGGUGGGGAGUGACGGCAUGCUGAAAACGGACACAGCGGCUGGCACGGCGACUGGUGCUGAGUCGGCAGAUAACGGAUUGCGGAAGCGAGGCGUGGCUGGCUUCGACGCAGGAGCUGCUGCUGCGAAUCCCUUUACUGAUGACAAUGCUCAAAUCCUGCUUGACCAGGACAACGACGACGACGACGACGAAGCCCCUUCUCCAAAGCCAUUCCAGUACAUUGAAUCCCGCGAAAGCUCAGUCACCAUCCAGGGCGAUAUUCCAGCGUCCUCUACGACCGGCCAACUAAUCGACUUCUCACCAGACUCGCCGCGUCUCGGGCCUGAGAAUCCGCAGACAGCAUCUAUCCCCCCAUCCGAAGUCGGCGACCAUGACUACGACCACACCUAUGAUCAAGCACAAUCCUUCUACUCUUUCGCCUCCUCCAGCUCCAUGCAAAACUCCACCCACUCUCACGUCCUCAUCCCAGCGGAUGACGACUCCGACGCCGAACACCUUUCAACCGGAACUCUAACCCCUCGCUCCGAACACUCCAUCUUCACUGGCGCUUCGGUCGGUAGUCACGCCGACGACAUCGCCGUUCUCUCCCUGCAAAACGACGACGACCAUGACGCUCGGUCGGAAGCAUUUUCCGAUGGAGGGUUCACGGAUGCGGCAGUCAGCGAGGCUGGGUUCAGCGAAGUGAGCGGUGGUGAUGAGAGGAGAUUGGGUGUCAUGACGCCGAGUAGCUGGACAGAUGUUGGCAGCGAUGAUGAGAGUGAGUGGGGUGGGCCGGCUCAGGGUGGGCAGGUCCAUCAAUAGAGGGAAGUAGGAGUAAGGGUGUUGAUGUGCUCAUCAUGGCGUUUACUGUUGAUAUGGGAAUGGCGUUUUGAGUGCGCACAUUGGUAUACCUCGAUGGAACUUGGGGAAUGAAACACGCAACGUGGGUGCGGUAGGUUAGGGUCGGGUAUGGGAUCUCUUAUUGCAAUGCGGGAAUUUCUUGCCAGCUUGAUGUAUUGCUAUCAUUUGAGAAAUAUGGAAAAUCUUGGUUUUGAGGUGUGGGUUGUUGCUAGAUGUGGUCGAUGUGUAUAGUGUUCCUUCUUUUCUGGUUGUUGUACCUAGCGAAUCCAUACAACCCCGAACAACUGCAUUCGAG